AGGUGCGCAACAUAUUUACCUGUACCGUUAACAACAUUCCGCGUUUGCUUAUUCAUACUUUAGCUCACGCGAUGUUCGGAACGUGUUACAAAAGUAAUUGUUUUUCAUUUUCCAAAGUAGGCGUGGUUCAUUAAAUUUCUUCAUCUGUAAAUAAACAAAACGCAAGUUAACACAGCCUCCUCUGAAAAUGGUUCGACUGCAAUUUUUGGGGUGUUUAAUUGGAUUUACUUUAUUUGUUGAUGUUUCUGUAGCCAUAGACUGUUAUCAAUGCUCAAGUACAAGUAACAAACAUUCGUUUCAAUGCAACGAAGCCUUCGGCAAAGAUCAUCAAUUAUCUGCAGAACCAUGUGACGCAGUAUACGGAGCCAAGUAUUGUAUUAAACAUACUGGAAGAUUUGAAGGAGGAAUUGGUACAAAAAGAUUUUGUUCGUCUCUGGAUCUGGGGAAUUACUGUGAUUAUAUCAAUCAGCCUGGUGACAUUUUAACAUAUCGGACUUGCAUUCAUACGUGCUCAGGACAUGGUUGUAACUCGAGUGGCCAAAAUCUUCCGGGUGUAUUUCUAAUCUUAAGUGUACUUCUUAUUGGAUCAUUCAAGUGGUUUCCAAUUUACAGUGAAUGAUUAUCUUAUUCGACUGGUGAGAGAGCAACGAAUGAACAGUACAUUUUUUGACAAACCUUUUAUUAUUUAAGUAUGUGACAGUAGGUAUUAUAAAUUAGUUUAAUUUUGACAAGCCCGGCAGAAAAGUAUUAAAAACUAAUUUUAAAUACUUAAUAAAUGUAAUGUAACAGCAUUUUUUUAAAAUAAAGUGUAUUGUAUAUUUUUAA